CGUAUCACAGAAAGCUCUUGUAGCCGAUGCCGAACACAACCAGACAGCAAAAUACGGGUCUACUUCAUCUCCCGCUCAAACCGUACAACAGUGGGCACAAAGAUAGACAGUGAUGACGGUUCGAUCAACAAAGUGGGCUCAGUGCUGUCCUGCCAUAAGAUUUCAUAUGAAGUGAAGGUGAAGACUAAAGCAUGCUGUGGAAAUUUGGAACCCAAACAAAUCUUGAAAGAUAUUGAUGGGAUUUUUAAGCCUGGUAUGAAUGCCAUCCUUGGGCCCACAGGGAGUGGAAAGUCAUCGCUACUGGAUGUUUUAGCAGGACGUAAAGAUCCAUCAGGAUUGAAAGGAGACUUGCUAAUUGAUGGAGGUCCAUUGCCUGAUAAUUUUAAGUGCAUGGUUGGAUAUGUGGUCCAGGAUGAUGUAGUGAUGGGCACUCUAACAGUUCGAGAAAAUUUUCACUUCUCAGCAGCACUUCGGCUUCCAAGUGAAGUUACCAAAGCAGAGCGUGAUGCCAGGGUAGAUCAGGUCAUAUUUGAACUUGGUCUUGGAAACUGUGCAGACACAAAGGUAGGAAAUGAAUUUAUCAGGGGAGUGUCAGGAGGGGAGCGAAAACGAUGUAACAUUGGCAUGGAGCUGAUCAUCCAGCCACCAGUCCUUUUCCUUGAUGAACCUACUACAGGCCUGGAUGCCAGCACAGCUAAUGCAGUAAUGCUGCUGCUACAAAAAUUAGCACACAAGGGGCGUACAAUCAUAUUUUCUAUACAUCAACCUCGCUACACUAUCUACCGAACGUUUGACUCUAUUACACUGCUGUCUGGAGGAGAAACAAUUUACUUUGGUCCAAGCAGUGACGCAUUGGAAUACUUUGAAACCAUUGGCUACUCCUGUGAAGCCCACAAUAACCCUCCUGACUUUUUCUUGGAUGUUAUCAAUGGUGAUUCCACAGCCAUAGCUGCUACAGAAACCCAUGAGCCAGAGAGUCCUCAUGUGGCAGUAGAAAUUGAAGAAAACACUUCAACUCUUGGCCACAAACUUGCCCAGCAUUACAAAGAAUCAAGAUGGUACAAAAGUUUAAUGUCAGAGCUCAAUCCAAUUAAAGAAAAAAUGAUCAACAAGUGAAGUGGAUUAGUAGUCAGGAUGAAGAAAGUGGAAUAUGCUACUUCUUUUGGAAGACAGCUGUCACAGGUCAGCCUUAGGAUAAUCAAAAAUCUUGCCAGGAGUCCACAAGCCUCGAUCAUGCAGUUUAUUAUCAUGGGAAUAUUUGCUGUCAUUGUUGGUGCAGUGUAUUUUCAAAUUAACACAAGCAAAGACACGGGGAUUCAGAACAGAGUUGGUGCAUUUUUCUUCAUUGUAAUGAAUCAAGUAUUUGGAAACUUGUCAGCAGUGGAACUGUUCAUCAAAGAACGAGCCAUUUUUAUCCAUGAAAAUGUGAGCGGCUUCUACAGAGUAUCAGCAUACUUUACAGCCAAGAUUAUUUGUGAUGUUCUCCCAAUGAGGUUAAUUCCAGUGACUAUUUUUUGUGUCAUUGCCUACUUCAUGAUAGGACUACAAGAAGGAGCUACACAUUUCUUUUUUUUCCUGCUAAAUCUUUUCUUGACAACAUUAGCAGCUUCUUCAUUUGCGUUCUUCGUCAGUGCCUCUGUGAAGAUUUUUGCAGUAGCAAAUCUCCUCAUAGCACUCUGCUAUGUUUUCAUGAUGCUCUUCUCUGGGCUUCUGGUGAAUUUCUCUUCUAUUGGUGACUGGUUGAGCUGGAUCCGCUAUCUCAGUAUAUUCCGGUACAGCCUAAAUGCCCUGUAUAUAAAUGAACUGAAGGACCAGAUCUACUGCAACAGAAAUGGGACAGUGGUUGACUGUAUUGAUGGGAAUUCAUACCUCAUCACACAAAACAUCCCCUUUGGUACACCAUGGGAUCUCUGGGUCAAUGAACUGGCCUUGGGAAUCAUAAGCAUUGGCUUGUUUUUCAUCGGCUACAUCCAGCUCCGGCGACUGAAGAAGCUCAGAUAAUCAUGUAUAGGCAUAGCUUACACUUCCAUACAGCAGUAGACUGUCAUGUAUCUUUCAUAUCUGUGAGCGUGUACACAACUACAGUUUAUAGAGACAUUGAGAACAGAAUAUGGGAAACAAAUAUUUAAAUAAUUUAUGAAUCUAAUGAAACUUUAUGUCUGUAAAUAUCUGAACAAGAAAGAGAAAAGCUUUAUGUGGACUGUGAAAUGAGAAAACUGAUGAAGACGAAUACAAGUAAGCCCUGCUCCACAGUGAAAAUCAGUGUUUAGCAUAAGUUGUAAAUAACUUACUUCUCAAUAGUUUAUUAAGCAAUUGAAAUUUGUUUAAAAAAGCUGUGUUACGCUGUUUGAUUUCAGCACGAUAAAAUCACAAUGGUAAACUGGACAAAUGUGCUAUACUGUGAUUUACAUGUACAGAUCAGUUUUAUCAUUUGAUUGUUCAUGUUUGUACUACGAGAAUAAACUUUCUGGAAUAAUUUAUUUUUA